AUGAUAUCAAAAAGGCUUCUUCAUUUAGCCCAACUCGGUGCUGUGGGUUUAACUGGUUACUUAAUCGGCCAGAAGAAAUGUUUUGGAAAAGAUCAAACCGUGGUUUUAAAUGGCAAAACUUUGACUAGUUUGCCUGGGUUGCCUAUAUUUGGCACAGUUUCAGCUGCUACACCAUACGUUGAGAGUGGUGGUGCUAAGGAUAGGAUUUCAGAAAUUAUGAAAUAUGGAUUUCCUAGCUUAGAUAAUGUUAGAUCUUAUGAUGAUUUUGUUUUGUCAUAUGACAGACGUAAUAGAGUACCACAUUGGGUCUUUGAACACAUAACAAAAGAUCAUAUAUCAAAAAACAAUGCAGUUGAUAGGAGUAAAUGUGAUUUUAAACCAGAUGAGAGUAUUCACCCUUUCUUCAGAUCUCAUAAUAUGGACUACAAAGGUUCAGGAUUUGAUCGUGGCCACAUGGCAGCUGCUGGUAAUCACCGUUUAGCUCAAAGACAUGUGGAUCAGACUUUCUACCUCACUAAUAUGGCCCCACAGGUUGGACAAGGCUUCAAUAGAGAUUCAUGGAAUAGACUUGAAAAACAUGUGAGAAAAUUGACUAAGGUUUACAAUAAUGUCUACUGUUGUACAGGUCCACUUUAUUUACCAAGAAAGGACAUAGAUGGCAAGUCAUAUGUUAAGUACCAAGUGAUUGGUACCAACUCCGUCGCGGUGCCAACUCACUUCUACAAAGUGGUCGUAUGUGAGGCAGGAGAUGGCGCCUUGCAUAUGGAAUCCUAUGUGAUGCCCAAUCAACGGCUACCAGAUGAGACCCCCGUGUCUUCUUACAUGGUACCGCCAGAGACGAUAGAAAAGGCAGCUGGGUUGCUAUUUUUUGACAAAAUACAUCGGAGUAAGCUUACGACAAUUAAUGGGAAGAAAGUUUAA